AACGCGUCUAGUGUCGGUGGAGUGAAUAGUUCGAAUAUACGUAGUCAAAAUGUCGGCUCUACUGAAUGGCACGGCUCAGACCCUGGCCGAUUCGCAGUUCACCUUCCAGACGACAGACUAUAUAGUGUUCACAUUCAUGCUGAGCAUAUCGGCCGGAAUCGGUGUCUACUUUGGUUUCUUUGCCAAGGGCGACGACACCACCGAGGAGUAUCUGAUGGGCGGCAAACGGAUGAAGACGCUGCCCAUUGCCAUCUCACUGGUGGCCAGCCAAUUGUCGGCCAUAUCCAUUAUGACCAUACCCGCUGAGAUGUAUGCCUUUGGCAUGAAUUGGUUCUUCAUUGUGCUUAUCAUGGUGCCCAUUGUACCUGUACUCAACUAUGUGAUAAUACCUGUCUUCUACAACAACAACAUUACCAACUGCUAUGAGUACCUGGAGCUGCGCUUCAAUAGUGCCACAAGGAAGCUGCAAACCUUUUUGUUUGUGAUCAACAUAUUCCUGAUGCUGCCCAUAUUCAUAUUUCUGCCCUCGCUGGCUUUUGCACAAGUAACUGGCUUUAAUGUGCACAUUAUCAAUACAAUUGUCUGCAGCAUCUGCAUCUUUUACACAAUGAUCGGCGGCAUUAAGGCAGUCGUCUGGACCGAUGUGGUGCAGGCGGGCAUCAUGGUCUUGUCUGUGGUGCUGGUGGGCGUCAUGGGCGCGCAUCGUCUGGGCGGCCUGGGCGAGGUUUGGCGCAUUGCCGGCGAGGGCGGUCGCUUGGAUAUCAACUACUCAUUUGACCUGACGACGCGAAUUUCAAUAUGGAAUGCGUCUGCCUCCGGCUUCGUGGCCUGGACCAGCUAUGUGGGCCUGCAUCAGAGCUGCGUGCAACGCAUUGUGGCGCUGCCUUCGUUGGCGCAUGCAAGAAGAGCAAUAGUGCUAUUUGGCUUGGGCUUCCUACUUAUCAUGAGCUUCAAUUGUUUCACGGGCAUCGUGAUGUACGCACGUUACCAUGACUGCGAUCCGCUUGCCGUGGGCCUGGUCAGCAAGCUGGACAAGAUGGUGCCGUACUUUGUCCAGGAUAUUAUGGGUCACCUGACCGGCAUGCCCGGCAUCUUUAUAUCCUGCGUCUUCAGCGCCGCCCUGAGCACACUCUCAGCCAGCAUCAACUCCCUCGGCGGCAUUGUCUACUUCGACUACAUCAAGCCGCACAUACAUCAUACGGAGCACAAGGCCAAUGUUAUUAUGAAGCUAUUCGUGUUCCUAUCCGGCAUCUACUGCAUCUUUGGCGGCAUUAUUGUCGAGAAAUUCAGCUCCAUCCUCCAGAUGGUGUAUUGCAUUGGCGGCAUCAGUUUCGGCUCCGUGUGCGGCGUCUUUUUCCUGGGCAUGCUGGUGCCCAGGGUGCAUGGUCGGGCGGCUUUAGCUGGUGUUUUUGUCAGCAUUGUGUUCAUGGCCUUCCUUGUAGUGGGCAGUUGGGGGCGCAAUCAUUAUGCUGCCAUGCCCAUCGGCACUGACAACUGUCCAGGUGUCGUGAAUGCCACGGCAACUCUCUCAACUCUUUCACACUUGAAUGCCACAGUCAAGGUGGAAGAUCUGGCAGCAUCUGGUUUCAGCAUUUUUGACAUCUCAUUCAAUUGGUAUGCUGCAAUCGGCUUCGUCAUCACCUUGCUGGUGGGCACAGUGCUCAGCUAUGUCUUGAGCCCAGCCCCAGAUCAGGUUAAGCUCAAUCCGAAUCUUUUAUCGCCGGUUAUAAGACAUUUCGUAGAGUACGAGCAGGCGCCAAUGCAUGAAUUGCCGGUGCUGCAAAAGGAAAAAUCAUAAAAAUUACUUUUAACAAAAUCAAAUUUGCUAAAUUUCUAUUAUAUACUAUUUAACUGAAGCAUCAUAAGCAUCUUAGAUAUAAUGCUAAAGCGAAUCUGACAUAAAUCUUAUCUUAACUAGCCGUUUAUACUAAGGUUUCGACAGCAUCUAGCCUAGAUAGGCGGUAGAUAGUUUAAAUAAUAAAUAAUGAACAUAAAAGUCAUCGCAGACUCAAACAUAUCUCUCAAAGAUCAAAUACAGCAAUCCGUCAGCAUU